CAUCCCCUUCACGCCUACCUCAGAAGCUCCCCGCCGGCCUUCCUCACCACCAUGUCUCGACAGUCCACCAUCACCUUCCACUCCGGCAGCCGCAGGGGCUUCAGCACCGCCUCGGCCACCACACCUGCAGCGGGGCGCUCCCGCUUCAGCUCCGUCUCUGUGGCCCGCUCCACGGGAGGCAGCGGGGGACUGGGCAGGAUCAGUAGUGCUGGGGCCAACUUUGGGAGCCGAAGUCUCUACAACCUGGGGGGGACCAGGCGGGUCUCCAUUGGUGGGUGUGGAGGCAGCUUCCGAAGUGGCUUUGGUGGCAGGGCUAGUACCGGAUUUGGGAUCAGCCAUGGAUUUGGCUAUGGGGGUGGUGUUGGAGGAAGCUUUGGUGGCCCUAGCUUCCCAGUCUGCCCUUCUGGAGGCAUCCAAGAGGUCACUAUCAACCAGAGUCUCCUGACUCCCCUCAACCUUCAAAUCGACCCCAGCAUCCAGCGGGUGCGGAAAGAGGAACGCGAGCAAAUCAAGACCCUCAACAACAAGUUUGCCUCCUUCAUCGACAAGGUGCGCUUCCUGGAGCAACAGAAUAAGGUCCUGGAGACCAAGUGGAACCUCCUGCAGGAGCAGGGCUCCAGGACAGUGAGGCAGAACCUGGAGCCCCUGUUUGACACCUAUAUCAACGACCUCCGACGACAGCUGGAUGGCAUCACCACAGAAAGGGGCAGGCUGGAGGCAGAGCUGAGGAACAUGCAGGAGGUUGUAGAAGACUUCAAAGUCAGGUAUGAAGAUGAAAUUAACAAGCGCUCAGCUGCUGAGAAUGAAUUUGUGGCCCUGAAAAAGGACGUGGAUGGUGCCUACAUGAACAAGGUGGAUCUGGAGGCCAAGGUUGAUGCUCUGACAGACCAGGUCAACUUCUACCGGAUGAUCUUUGAGGAAGAGCUGUCCCAGAUGCAGACCCAGGUCAGUGACACCUCUGUGGUGCUGUCCAUGGACAACAACCGCAACCUGGACCUGGACAGCAUCAUCGCCGAAGUCAAGGCCCAGUAUGAGGACAUCGCCAACCGCAGCCGGGCUGAGGCCGAGUCCUGGUACCAGACCAAGUAUGAGGAGCUGCAGGUCACAGCGGGUAGACAUGGUGAUGACCUCCGCAACACCAAGCAAGAGAUCUCUGAGAUGAACCGGGUAAUCCAGAGGCUGAGAGCAGAGAUCGACAACGUCAAGAAGCAGUGCUCCAGCCUGCAAACAGCCAUUGCUGAUGCAGAACAGCGUGGAGAGCUGGCCCUGAAGGAUGCACGGGCCAAGCUGGUGGAUCUCGAGGAGGCCUUGCAGAAGGCCAAGCAGGACAUGGCCCGGCUGCUGCGUGAGUACCAGGAGCUCAUGAACGUCAAGCUGGCCCUGGACGUGGAGAUUGCCACCUACCGCAAGCUACUAGAGGGCGAGGAGUGCAGGCUGAGUGGAGAAGGAGUCUCUCCGGUUAACAUCUCUGUGGUCACCUCCACCAUUUCCAGUGGCUAUGGCAGUGGAGCUGGCAUUGCAGGUGGAAGCCUGGGUCUCGGUGGAGGCAGCAGCUAUUCCUUCACAACCAGCGGUGGACACAGUCUGGGCACAGGCCUGGGAGGCUCUGGCUUCACUACCAGUAGCAGCCGGGGCCCAGGGGGCAGUGGCUCUAGUGUCAAGUUCAUCUCUACCACAUCCUCCAGCAGGAAGAACUACAAGCAUUAAAUGCAGUCACAGACCCGUGCCUGGAUGCCUGGAUACCUGGAUGCCUGUUUGCACUCCCACUAAGAUACCUGAGUCCUUUUCCCGGUCUCCCUUCCACCACCUCACCUGUACUGCUGGGAAGCCUGGCAUCCUGGCUAACCUCAUUUCCCAGUCUAAGGUAGCCCUGGCCCUUCCUGUAGUUCCCAGGCCACUCCUGACACCUCUGUGCUAGACGUGCAAACCUACAGCAUAUUCUCUUCCAAGGUUCUGGUUCAACUGCUCCUAAGAGGCCCAGGCAGGCUGCAAAAGCCCCAUCAGCACCACCUCCAGAUGCAGCAAUGGGAAGCCUGUGCCUCUAAGGCCUUCUCAAUGCCAGGCUGUCCCCUCCCCCCCAUCUCAGGGUGCUUAUAAACUGCUGGAAGAAUGAGUGCAUCUCUGUUCCCUCCGCAGAAUGUGUCUAUUAAAUGCAUGUGUAACGUGU